GUUGUCAGUGGUGGCCGAACGGCUCAGGUGUGGGCCAGUGCUAGUUGCAGUGUCCGUGUGGAACAACCAGUCCAACUGGUGGUCUUUUUCGAGGCCGAGAAUGGCCACCGUCAAGACAUGGGCCAUGAUACCCUUGGCCUUGCUGCUAGUAGUCUGGACGCUUCCCACUGCAGUCAGCCAGUCCCAGGCAGGCCCUUUCGAUCCACUGAUUGAAGGCCUCGUGGGCCCAGUGGCCGAAGGUGCCGCCGGCCUACUGCCCAUCCCCUUCGCGUUGAUCGCCAAGGUGUCCCCUUACACGUCGACGCUCAACCCGCUCCUGCAGUCAGCGCUGCUACAGAACAACUUCACGCAGUUUUCCUCGGACAUAGUGACGAACCUGUCGGCCCUGUUUGGUGUCCUGGCUGAGGCAAAGCUGCCAGUGCCCCCAUUCCUCCGACCGAACAUUGAGGCGGAGAAGAUGGGCUUUGUCGGGGAGGCCUACAACGUGACAACUGCCGACGGCUACAUUCUUGGAGUCUUUCGGAUUCGAAGCGGGCAGUGCAGCUCCUAUCGCGCCGUGGUGGUUAUUCCGCCAGGCCUCCUGUCCAAUGCGGCUACCUUCAUCUACGUUAAAGAAAACAGUCUAGCGUACCGGCUGGCUCGACGAUGCUUCGACGUCUGGCUGUUCACUUUCCGAGGAUAUUUGUUCGGGCGCGGCCACACUCACCUGCGCGACACGAGCUCAGAAUUCUGGGACUUUUAUCCCUACCACUGGGGCGCAUUCGACCUGCCGGCCCAGCUGGAGUUCGUCUCCAACAAGACGGGCAGCACCAGGAUGCGGUUAAUGGGAGUGGACCAGACCGCCACCGCCCUGCUCUUCAUGAACCACGUGCACGGCCAGCGCUACCAGCGACUCUUGGCCAGCUGCUACAUCUACGCUCCUUUCGGCUACCUCGGUCGUCUGCGAUCCCCACUAUUUACCGCCAUGGCCCUCGGACGAGACUUUCUCACGGCGGCGGGAGCAGUGGCGCUGCACAACGAACUGGCCUUCAUGAACCCUGUGGUGCACCCAGUAAUAUACAACCUCUGCGGUCGCAUCUCACCGAUCACAUGCGACUACUUGCUGCAACUACUUGCGGGAAAAACGGACCAGCUGGAUUCCGCAGUCUUUCCGUAUGCAUUUGCGAACUUAAUCGACAGCAUAUCAAUACGAGCCAUGACGUAUUAUCUGCAACAAGUGGGCAAAAUUAAGUACAUGGCCUUUUUCGACUAUGGCUUCAUUGAGAAUAUGAAGCGAUACAAUCGGAGCACCCCAGAAAAUGUCAACCUCGAGGCCACCACUGUGCCAUGCUCCUUCUACGCUUUGGGCCAAGCCACAGAUUCUGUACAAGAGGACAACCUCGACACGUGGCACGCCCUCGCCAAGUCUGCGCAGUCGACUUUUGAGGUGCUGGCCAAGUACAACGGCAUCGGCCCGUUCGUCCCAGUCGACACGGAGAGCAUCUACGGCCCCGCCAUCCGGCAGCUCGAAACAGACCUCACACGUCUCCCGUAACGAUCGGGGCACCUAGUACAUCCUGUAAUUGAGUGGUCAUCUGACAUAACAACGUAUGCUCACAGGGGAAGCCCAUAGUAGAUACGCUGUUAUGUCCGACAGCCACAGAAUUGAAAAGUGGAGUUUGUUGCGACGAACCGCCACGAAUUCACUCUGAAUGUCUUUGAACGUGACCAGAUAUAAUGCGUUUCUAGCAACACAAAGAACAAGAACCAAUGCCAUGUAAGACAACCUCACACGAUAAUGAGGCAGGCCGUUGUAUGAUCAAAACGAACCCGUAGAAAAUCCUGUACUUACUGGCUUUAAAUUAACGGCCUAUGCUAC